CUGAGCCCCCGCUGCCUUCAGGAGCCGCUUUAUAUAGAGCUAAAUUUACCGAACUCUACGUUAUUUCCUGAGCUCUCACAAUUGGCCAGGAGCGCUGGAGCUUCAGAGUUAUAAAGUUGGGAGACCUCCUUCCACUUUUGAAACUUCUUCAUGUCUUUGGAGCGCGGACGACAGUGACAGGCGCCACAGACACAGACGCCACUGAAACAAGACAAAUCCUCAUUAUUAUUAUUAUUAUUAUUAUUGUUGUUGUUAUUGUUAUUUUCUAAAAACCAAACGAUGGCCUUAUCCGGAGUGAUGCUGCCGUCGUUUUCGACAUUUUCAAACCAAAGAGAAAGACCCUGGGAAAACAGAUGGAAAGGAGAGAUGGACAAACUCGUCUCCAGCAGCUGCUCCAUGCUUGAAAUGGUACAUAACCUGGACAAUCACAGCAAAAAGGACGACGAGGAUCUGAGUAAUUAUUUGGAUCUGGAUUUUAUUCUCGCCAACACCACCGGCUCAGAUAGCGCGGCGGAAUACGUGGGCACGGUGGACAACAACAGCAUGUACACAACUGGAAACUCGGUGCCAUCGUACCCAGCCGACGACCACCGCUCCCCGCCGCCCCCGUACGGCGCCAGCCUCAUGACCGAGCUGCUGCGCUCCGAUGGAACCAACAGCAACUGCUUUGGCAUUACGCGCAGCCACGGCGUCCACGGGAGAUUUUAUGUCAACUCCGUGCCCUUUCCGCGCCCGGAAAACAUUAAAGUGGAGCCGUCCAUGGACGCGUACGGCCCCAAUCUGGGCAUGGUGCCGCAGAGCUGCAGCAAAAUCAAACAAGAAGGGAACGUUUCUUGCAUGAUGUCCUUCGAGCAGCCCCGGGUCGCCAUCUCCCCGCGCGCAGUCAGCAACAUGACACCGCCGCUCAGCCCCGACGACCAGGGAGCCUCAGACUGCCAGGCACAGCUGUGCCAGCCCAUGAACUUCCAACACAAGUAUCACACGCCGGCGGGUUUCCCGCACCAGCACCCGCACCCGCACCCGCACUCGCACCCGCAGGCUGCGCAGCUGCAGAUGUCCUACCACGCUCCGCACACUGCCUUCGCCAUGUACGACGAGGGUCUGAGCCUGCAGCAGCAGCAGCAGCAGCAGCAGCAGCAGCCCGGCGCGCAGAGGGUGAUGCUCACACCGCCCUCCUCUCCCUUAGAGCUGCUGGAGUCCAAACCCAAGAGAGGACGGCGCACAUGGCCGAGGAAGCGCACGGCCACGCACACCUGCAGCUUCGCCGGCUGCGGCAAAACUUACACCAAGAGCUCCCACCUGAAGGCACAUCUGCGGACUCACACCGGUGAGAAGCCAUACCACUGCAGCUGGGAAGGCUGCGGGUGGAAAUUCGCCCGCUCCGACGAGCUCACCCGUCAUUUCCGCAAACACACCGGACACAGGCCGUUCCAGUGCCACCUGUGUGAGCGCGCCUUCUCCAGGUCUGACCACCUGGCCCUGCACAUGAAGAGACACAUGUGAGGAGGAGCCCACACAUAAGGACUUCAUUAUUUUAUUGUGAUUCAGCUGAUGUAUUUUUUUUUUAUUAUUUAAAUCGUUCUACACGUGACCAAAGUCUUUUAUAUAUAUAUAUAUAUAUAAAUAUAUGUUAUGUCUAAUUUUGGAUUUGAAAAAGCUUUAGUGUUAUUAUUUUCUAAUGAUGUAGCUGGUACUACUUUGGUUCUAUGACAGCUUUAGAGAAGCAGGCAGACCAACAAGGGGCUGGCCCUGUAUAUACUACUCUUCUCUGACAAAACUGGAAUGCGGUGUUUGACACCAAGUGCCUUUCUAUGACUGUGCUACUGUAAAAACUCUCCAAGUGACAGAACAUGUCCUUGUUAACGGGAGUGAAAAAUGCACAUACAGUUGCCUAUCGGUGCAGACAAUGUUUUAUUUAAACUGCCUCAAUGUCUGGACAGCCACAAACUUUUAUUUUAUUGCCUUUCCUCUUCCUGUGUGGAGUGAUUGUUGUCUCCUGGUGUGAAACUCUUGGAUCCAGCCCCUCUGUACACUAUCAGGGCUUGAUGUCCUGUGCAUUAUUGUUUUGGUUUUUUUUUUUACUUAAAUUUAUAUGAAUAUGUAAAUGGAUUUUUUUUAUACUGUAAAAUGUGUAUUUAUUGUAAAUAAAUAAGUAAAAAUCAAUG